CAAAAGGCUAAAGUCAUGGAUAACUGUGAUUUAGAGAAACUCUCCAUCUCUGCUGGGAAGCUACAUCCAGCCUUCUCACCACAGGUUACAGACUAUAAAGUGACAGUGGAGAGCAGGGUCAGCAAAGUCACCCUGGACCUGAGCACCAGUGAUUGUGGAGCAUCAUACAGCAUUCUGUCUGGUGACCGUUCCAGCACUGUUAAACUGAAGGAUGGGUUGAACAGAGUAGAUAUUGAAGUGGUUGCUGAGGAUGGGACGGUGAAGAAAUACAGUGUGGAAAUAACUAAGCUAUCAGGAAAAAUUGCAGAGCUCACUGAUCUGUCUGUAGAAGGGGAUUUUCCACUGAAUCCAGCCUUUACCACUAAAGUCCAUGGAUACAGCAGUUUUGUCCCAUUUUACUGCAAUGUUGUGACACUUGUUGUCAAGGUCCCUGACAGCCUUAUUAAAGUGACAGUAAAUGGGAAGAGCAGCUCUCAGCCUGUGCCACUGCAUUUUGGGGACACUAUGGUGGAGGUUUCUGUCUGCUCAGCAGAUGGCAGUGUUUCACAGAUGUACACUGUGCUGGUGACACGGGAGCUGCUUCCCAUGGCUGUGACCUUCACUGAAGGGAAAAAGCAGCUGGAUUAUGAGUGCCCUGUAUCCCUCAGUGCUCUGUACAGACCCAUGUCUGUCCACCACAGUAACCCAAAGAGCAUCUUCUCCAAGCCUUACAUUGAGUUGCUGGCCCGGCGAUCACGGGUCGACCCACUUAGCGGCUGUCCUCUGGGAGAUUGCUGGAAGGUCCCUGAGUUGGAGCUUGAUAAAAAGAUUUCAGCAGCUAUGGUCCGUUGUUUUUUUCAUUACCGAGGAUGUGACAGCGUGAUGCAACUAUCUGAGCUCGGGCCGCACACCCUGGACUGUCCACUCCAACCCACAGGGGACCUGGAUGCAAAGGAUGUGACAGAAACCAACUGGUAUAAGCAGCACUUUCUAACAUCUGGAGGUUUGGAGAUAGAAACCAAGCAUGUUUAUAAGGUGCGUAGCUGGGAGAAAAGACUCCGACUGGCAGGAGAGGAUCACUGUGUGGAUAAACUUUGUUCUCUGGCUGAGGAGCAUCUCAGCUGCUACAACCAACAUCUACCUAAACCAGGGGACCAGUUAAAGCAGGAGAAUAUGGAGUGUCUUCUGCACAGCCUGGAGCAGGCGGCUGCUUGUUACGCAUCGGCUAUCCCACUAAGUCCCAGAAAUGCCAAGCUCCACUUCCUGCUCGGCCUCGUUUUGGAGGAGCAGCAUAACUCUUUGGAGAUUUACAGCCUUCACAGAAAGGGUUAUAAGGAUAGUGAGGGGUUAAGUGAUGCUAAAUCAUCCGCCUAUCAGGAUGAGAUUCUGGCAGUGUGUAAGCUGCAUGGUUUCUUUGGCACGCCCACUGUGGAGAACCAGCUGCGGGCCUUGGAUAAGGAGUACCACCUGCUGAGACAGCAAGGACAGUCCAACAAAUCAGACUACAUACAGACCCUCUACAUCUGGCUGUCCAAGAAUGCUGGGAAGAAUCGCAAUGCAGGGAUUCAAGAUGAGGAGAGUUACAUAUAUCGAGCCUUAAUGAAGCACCUGGAUGCCUGGUCUCUGAGUCCCGACAGCUGGGAGUUCAGCCUCCAUGUAGGAAGACUUCUGCUGCUUCAGGGGAGAAGCAGGGAAGCUCUACAGCACCUUCAGACCGGGCUGGCGCUGCACCCCCUGCACCCUGCACUUAGAUUCUUCACAGGACUGGCUCUGUUGCAGCAGGAGGAGAAAGCUUGUGAGGUUACAGAGAAGGAGGCUGCUCUAUUCUUACAUCAGGGACUGGAGCACUUUGUCAGCCAACGCUGUAGCAAGAGUCAGAAGAAGCAGCGCAUGUCAGACCCCCUCUGCAGCCUGAACGCCCAGUUUCUGCGUGGGCUGCUGGCCCUUGGGCAGCUGCAGCAGAAGAGCAUGCUGUCUGAGAAGUCCAUGACUCCUGAGCAGGUUUAUCACAC